CACAGCACGGGGUGGUCAGCAUUUAAACCUCAGGGGCCCCUUCUUCUCUGCGACCCUCACACCUCCAGCCGUCAAAUCUUAGACCGCAUCAAACCCAUUGUUACUUGAACACCAUCGUAGAGCAUAGCAGGCAGAACGCGUCGACGUCAUGGCUCUCGGAACCGUCCUCCCAUUCUGGCCCGCCCUCCUCUUCACAUACAUCGAGCCCAUCUCGCUAAUCCUCGGCUGGCACGCCGCCUUCGACAACCCCUCCACCUUCGUCUCCAAGCAACUCCCAACCAGCAGCACGCUCGCCGUGCCCGACGCCGCCGUCAUCCUCUCCUACACCCUCGGCAACAUCUUCCUCAUCCUCGCCGCCGUCGCAGUGCUCUGCACCGCCAUCACGCGCAACGCCCGCGUCGCCAAGUACUAUCUUUUCAUCAUCGCGCUGGGCGACCUAGGGCAUAUUUAUGCGAGCUAUAGGGUUAUGGGGAAGGAGACGUUUUUGAAUUUCAAUGAGUAUAAUGAUAUGAUGUGGGGGAAUAUCGGGUUUAGUGCGUUCUUGCAUGUUAAUCGUGGGGCUACGCUGGUGGGGUUGUUUGGGAGGGUGGGAGCGAAGGCGUGAACGCGCGUCUCUAGACGGGAUAUUUUGCUUGCGAGCUUGAAGGCUGUGGCAAAGUAAAGCGGGAAGAUGGCCGCACUGGGAAUGAUAGGCCGGGUACGGAGAGACCAUGCACCCCUGGAGUGAGAGCAACGAAAAUAGACACGCUAAACGCGAGGACUUGCUGACCCAGGAGGGCACCAGCAGUUUUGAUAACAAGCCACCAAAGCUGGCUCGAAUACUGAAUGUACAUUCCGAAUUCUACAUAUUGUACAAAAC